AAUGAAAAGUGGACCCAUAGUUCAUAUAGUGGAGAAAUACAUGGUUAUCUUUGGAUAACUUUAUCAUUUUCAAAGGAUACAAGUUUGCAUAAACGAUGGUGAUGAAAUUUUGCUGAAUUUUUGAAGGGGGAGCAGCAACGUUUUUCCCCUCUAUCUCUUCGGAAAAUUCUAUUUCCUUCAACAAAAUUAAAGCUAGAUAACGUAAAUCUAGUGUCAGGAAUCCCGUGGUGUUAGUGGAGCAAGUUCCAUUGAAUUGUGAUUGUGUUGGAUGUUUUUUUAAGUUGAAGUAACGUAAUAUAAAGUUUAUCCUUGCCAGGUUAAGGUUGGACUGAUCGGAAAAACUUGGAGGUUGGAUUGACAAGGGAGCUAAUAAGAUGUUUGACAAUUGAGGCUCAAAUCAUGCCAAGGUAUUACUGAACAUACCACCCAAACAUCUUCAAGAAAAAAAAUUAUUGAAGCCAUGAUAGAUCAUUGUAGAAGAGGAGAGCCAAGAAAAACAAGAAGUAGAAAUGGCAGGCGAGAUGAAGGUUUUGAAUGCGCUUGAUUUGGCCAAAACACAAUGGUAUCACUUCACAGCAAUCAUAAUAGCUGGCAUGGGAUUUUUCACCGAUGCCUACGAUCUGUUCUGCAUCUCUCUAGUCACUAAGUUGCUUGGCCGCAUUUACUACCAUGUGGAUGGCUCUCCAAAGCCUGGUUCACUACCUCCCAAUGUCUCCGCCGCUGUCAACGGUGUCGCCUUCUGUGGUACCCUUGCAGGACAACUCUUCUUUGGCUGGCUUGGUGACAAAAUGGGCAGGAAGAAAGCCUAUGGCAUGACCCUUAUCCUCAUGUGUUUUUGUUCUAUUGCUUCUGGCCUUUCUUUCGGUGGGGAGACUAAGACUGUAUUGGCCACCCUCUGUUUCUUUCGCUUCUGGCUUGGUUUUGGAAUUGGUGGUGAUUACCCGCUUUCUGCUACUAUCAUGUCUGAAUAUGCCAACAAAAAGACUAGGGGUGCCUUCGUUGCUGCUGUUUUCGCCAUGCAAGGAUUUGGGAUUCUAGCAAGUGGUAUGUUUGCCAUCAUUAUCUCUGCUGCAUUUCAGGCUAGUUUCAAGGCGCCAGCAUAUGAAGUGGAUGCGCUUGGUUCAACGGUUCCUCAAGCAGAUUACGUGUGGAGGACCAUAUUGAUGGUUGGCGCACUUCCUGCUCUUCUCACUUACUACUGGAGGAUGAAGAUGCCUGAAACUGCUCGUUACACUGCUCUCAUUGCCAAGAAUGUUCAGAAAGCUACUGCAGAUAUGGAAAAGGUUAUGCAGCUUGGCAUUGGGACAGAGCGGACAGAGCCUGCAGUUUCUGGUAAUACUGCUGUAACAUCCAGCAAUGAAUUUGGUUUGUUCACGAAACAAUUUCUUAGUCGACAUGGACUUCACUUGCUUGGGACAACCAGCACAUGGUUUCUGCUUGACAUUGCAUACUACAGCCAAAAUUUGUUCCAAAAAGACAUCUUCAGUGCCAUUGGUUGGAUUCCUGCUGCCAAGACUAUGAAUGCAAUUGAAGAGGUUUACAAGAUUGCAAGGGCACAAACUCUUAUCGCUCUCUGCAGUACCGUGCCUGGCUACUGGUUCACAGUGUUCCUCAUUGACAGAAUUGGCAGGUUUACCAUUCAGUUGCUUGGUUUCUCAAUGAUGACAGCGUUCAUGUUUGCUUUGGCCAUUCCUUACAACCACUGGACUCACCCUGGAAACCAUAUUGGAUUCGUGGUCUUGUAUUCACUGACCUUCUUCUUUGCCAACUUUGGACCCAACGCCACUACAUUUAUCGUGCCAGCUGAGAUUUUCCCUGCUAGAUUGCGCUCGACUUGCCAUGGAAUAUCAGCUGCAGCUGGGAAAUUAGGGGCGAUGGUGGGAGCAUUCGGGUUCCUGUAUUUGGCUCAGCCACGAGACAAGACCAAGGCUGAUGCAGGGUAUCCUGCUGGAAUUGGAGUGAGGAAUUCACUCAUUGUUCUUGGGGUAGUCAACCUUCUGGGAACAUUUUUCACUUUCUUGGUUCCAGAAUCCAACGGGAAGUCACUGGAAGAGAUGUCAAGGGAAAAUGAGGACGAGGCGGGAACAGAAGUGGAGAAUCAUCCAUCUAAUAACAGGACUGCUCCUGUGUAAAAAUAGCUACUCUAGUUCAUUUCUUUUCUUUUCUUCUUUCCCUUUUAUGUUCUAUAAAGGUUCCUAGAAGGAUGGGUAAGUAAAAUAUUGUUACAAUGUAUUUAGUGUCCUAUAUAGACCUGGUAAUGUAUUUUUAUGGGUUUGUUAUCUAGUCAUAGAUGUUCCAAAUAUUAGUGUAGGAACAGCACAGAAUUCUCCAACA